CGCCACAUGAUCGUUUCUCGCCAUUUUGUGUGUGCUGUGUGUGGAGCAAUGGUAGAAAGCUGCCAGUAGAUCGGCUAAUUUGAGUGAAGCGAAAUCAUCAGCUGUCUGACAAUUUCAAGCUGUUUUAGAGAAUUCUGUUGAUUCCAGGAUGUUAUCUUCGACAUGGAGAAAUUGGGAGACAUUAUCUGGAAUUCAUGCUGGAUUUUUGAGGCGUUAGUGGUAAGGUGAAAUACGAAUUUAAUAGGUAAAACAGUGAUCGACCGCAGACGCUUGUUUCACCGGCCGAUAGAUAGGCGUGUGUUGUGUGCAUGCACUGUAGCAAGUCUAUAGAAGUAGGAGUGUUGCUGUGCGUAGAGCGCAAUGGCGAAUCCAGAAGUAGGUGGUGUUAAUAGAACUAUAGAAGACGGCAGUGCAGUCGUAAAUUCUGGGUCAGGGGCUAAUAAACAAGAUCCAGACCCUACAUCAGACACAGAACAAUAUGUUGGUGUGGAUAUGGCAAACCAGAGAGCAGGAAGUAAAAAGAAAGCAUGUUUUCAAAUUACGAGUGUGAGCAAGCGAAACGCUGCAGAACACGACCAAGAAUAUGGAAACAUGGAUGACCCGGAUAGUAAUGAUGAACUAGACGAGAGUCGUGCAGAUGAAUUCUCGUCGUCAGAACUUGUAGAUUCUUUCAAUAUAUCCAGAAAUAGUAUACAGGAUUUAGACCCAUCGGUUGACGAUGUUAACGCUAACAUUAACAGUGCUACUACCGUGCCCGCAUCAGCGAGCACUGAGGAACAGUUGUCCAAUUCAAAUAAUGUCACAUCUAAUGCAAACCAGGCCAACGGUAAUGGGCCCCAUCGGUUCAAAGUGGUUAAGGUAGCUACUGAACCGAUUAGGAAAGGGAGAUGGACGUGCAGGGACUUUCCAAGUGAAACGGCCAAAAGUCAAACAACUCCUGAAGGCCUACGAAAUCAAGACUCAAGCAAAGAAACAGUAGUGCAUUCGGGCAAUUCAAGUGCUGCAAGUUCCGUUCAUUAUAUCCAUGGCCAAGACAAUUCCGAGAAUCCCCUCUCGCAAGUUGACGAGAUCGGAAAGCCUGCCGAAUUGGGUAGGAAAGUCAGCACUAAUAGUUUAAAAGACACAAGUGAUGCUUGUAUAGAUGACCAAAAAGAUGAUAGACUUGGUUUAGAUCAAUUGAAAGAUGGAUUACUGGAGCAUACAUCAGAGUCUACAGAAGGAGAUGAUGGGUAAGAAAAAUUAAGAAUAAUACUAACCUCAAAAACUUUAACAAAUCAAAUCAGUCACAGUAAUACAAAUAUUUUGAAUUUCUGUUCAAUACUUGAUGUCUGUAUGGAUUUCUAAAAGUUUUCUUUUCCAGCCAUCACACUAAGUUUUUGAAGGUGAGAAAAAUUGUAUACUCUACAAGCUCUUUUAGGGAGAGUGAUGAAAAGUUUAUUGUUAAAAAAACAACAGAAAAAUUAUUAAAAAUAUUGGUUUGAGGAAAAUCCAUUGAAGAUUAUAUCAAAGUCAUAAAUUUAGUUUUUGAUUUGUGACACCAUUAAGGAGCAGCUGCCCUGUACAUGAAUUACAAUUUUUUCGUGAUGUCUCGAAAAAAUUAUUUCAGGGGCAGAUGUGAAAUGAUUUGACUGUUGAUAUACUGAAGGUACAAUAAGAAACAUUUUCAAUUUUAUAGAAAAUGUCAUUUCCUUGAUUUUUUUUGUAAUUUACAAUACUUGGUAAGCUACAGUACUCACAUGUGAAGUUAUGAAUAAAAUAUUAAAAUUAUGAUAACUUUUUAAAUCUAUGAUGGAUAUACAAACUUAUCAAUAUUGUUAAUUAUUUUUUCUGCUUUUUUUACAGUAAACUUUUUGUCAGGGUGAACUUCCCAUUUAUCUUUAUUUUAACUUAAUCUUGAUAUACUCUAUACUACAUGUAUGCAUUUGCAUGGAGUCCUGUCAAAUUAGAUUUCAUUUUUACUUUCAGGGGACAAUGUAUUAAAAUUGAAAAUAUAUCCCUGUCUCAACACAUUAUUGUGCCCUGCACUAAGAGCAUCGGAAAGGUGUGUUUUCAGCCCCUCAGCAGUGACAAUGUUUUCCUUUGAAAUUGUUUUGAGCUUCAAUGCUAAGGGUACAAAAUACUGAUAAGGGUAUGUUUUUCAAUAAAUGCUUUACAUGUAUGAUGCAAAUACUAUUUCAUGUAAAUGCAGCAUAAUCGUGUGGUGGACACUGCAUGGGUUGCACAAUAUGUGGUGAGUGACACCCCCCUGGUAAAAAAUAGACAUGAAUUAUACCCCUUCCCCCCCGGAAAAAAUAGAUUUCCUAUUGUUGACGUAUAUUCUGCAGAUUGUUUAAGUUUUAUGACAAUUAUUUUUUUUAUAUAUCAGUUGUGAAGUAUUGCCAAUCUUCUACACUGGUUAAGUAUUUAUCUUUUUUCUAGUUUCUUUAGUAUGUUUGUGUUCAUGUACAGUCUCUAUCUUUCAUUAUUGAACUUAAUGUUUUCUUACCAUAUUCUUGUGAAUACUGUGACAUCAACAUGUGUUUCUUUAAAGUUGUAGAUCAUCAGCAUCAGACAAACAUUUAAUAGAGAUAGCAGAAAUGGAUUUGUGGUGAUAAUUUGAAGAGAUAAACAGUUGGUACAGAAGAGGGUGUGUGUGUGUGUUCUUCCAAAAUAGAACAUGUCUACUCUGUUUCUUCCUUUUUAUUGUGAUGUGAGGAAAUAGCUGUGAUAGCGUUACCCUGGAGCGGAAGUAAAGGACGUUUUCAUUCAGACGUUUUUUGUUCUAUCUAGUCUCCUCUCCAAGUUGUGUCAUUGGAAAUUUCUGGUGAAGAUUUCGUGGCUACAAUGUAUUUUCAUUGAUGGAUUUGUGAAUGUGGCAGUGGAAAAAAAAACAUUUAUUUAAUCGUAACUCUUGGUGGUUGAGAGUGAAUCAACGUCCAGUCCUCCGUGAUUAGCUUCAUAUUUGCUCUCUCUGUUUUGAUUGAUGGCGAUAAUUCUGUUCUUUAAAUUGUAGCGAGUCGCUACAUGUAGCAUUGUCUUUUUAUUUGCGAAUUAUUUUUCAUGUGUGAAAUAUGUUUGUAUAAAGUUAAAACCAGUGUGUGGAAAUCAAACACCUUGUAUUGAACCAAAACAUAUCAAAUUCAUCUUUUUGAAAGAAAAUCUUUAUUUUUGUCAUAGUAGCAUACAUCAGGCAAGAAAUUAAUUAUUAAGUAACAAUCAGACAUUUUUAUCUGAAGUUAAGGGUGGGAUAGUAGGCAAUGUUUAAUAGAUUGUUAUGGUCAGGCCAAACAAAAAUUAUUUUUGUAAAUUUCUUAUUUUGGGGGUUAUGUUUCACAACUACUUCCUGCCUGAACCUGCAACAUUGGAUAAACUUUAACAUUGCAAUGAAUUAGGAUUUCCAGGGCUGUUUUGGGGGCUGGGGGCCAAAUUGCCCUCAGCCCCCAUGCAACUUUAUCCCUGGUCGUGGUUGAAGUAAUUAUUACAUUUUCUUUUGUCACGUUUUAAUUUUAGAAUUUAGUGUCCUUCCCUUCAUUAAGAUUAUGUAAGAUGUGUCUCAAAAGCAAAUUAAGAAUGAAGGUGGUCAGAAGAAGUAAAAGGUGAGAAGUAAUGUUGUAGAAAAGGCUGUCAGUGUCACCAAUAUUUAGAUUUCACUGGUCAUUGGGUGAGUGUACAAGUUAAUACUGUAGAAUGAAUGAGAGUACAUGUAUGUGUGUACAUGUUAAGCCAAUAU